GAGUUCACAUCAUUUAUAAUAUGUGUCUCACUUGUCAUUCUCUUCUUCAUCACUUGAAUUGAUCAAACUGCACUUAAUAAUAUUCUCAGAACGAGGUUCAGACUCAUAUCUGAGCAACCCCACCGGCCAGUCAUGGAGGAGAAGAACGUUACAAGAAUGUUGUUGAAGGUUGACCUACAGUGUGAGAAGUGCUACAGGAAAGUGAAGAAAGUGCUGUAUAAAUUCCCUCAAAUACAAGACCAGGUGUAUGACGAGAAGCAGAACACAGUGACGAUCAAAGUGGUGUGCUGUAGUCCUGAGAGGCUCAAGCAAAAUAUUUGCUACGAGGGUGGUGAUUCCAUCAAGAGUAUUGAAAUUCUACCGCCACCCAAGCGUAAAGAACCUGAAAAGCCUAAAGAGAAACCAGCACCAGCGAAAGCAGAGCCGCCAAAACAAGACAAGCCUAAGGUUACUUUUGUGGACCCACUGCCAAACCCGGCACCGUACUUCCCACCACCGGCUUAUCAGAACCAAUGUCCAACGUGUUGCAGGGAAUGGUACGAAGGGCGUGGAGGAGGGCCAGGUUACCAACGAGAUUAUUAUGGGCCGCCAACAUGUCGUUAUUGCGGAUAUAACGAGAAGCCGGUGUAUGAUAGCUGGGGUGGCGGUGGCCGUGGCGGUGGCGAUAGUUACAGAGUUAAUAGAUUUGAUUGCUUUUCCGAAGAGAAUCCUAAUGCAGGUUGCAGAAUCAUGUAAAAGUAAUUAAUGGUGGUGCACUGCAUCUUGCAUGCAUGCGAAGCUAGGUGGUUUCACUAUAGUAAUACUUGAUGACAGAUCUUUUGUAUUACUUUAGUAGAUUAAAGACAUGUACUUUUUAUAUAUGUAUAGGUAAUAAAUGUUAUAUAGAUUUG